UCUCAGGUCUACAACACCAAACAGCUGCACUCCGACUAAAAAAUCAACAAUGAACCAACAAAUGACUGCGGCUCUCCUCCUCUUUGGACUUUGCCUCGGCUCCUGCUCCCAGUUUCCACCACGCCGGUACUUCUACGUCAACCAGCCGCUGAUCUGGACUGAGGCUCAGCAGUACUGCAGGGCGCAUUACACCGACCUGGCCAUGUUUGAAAACAUGGACGACAUAAACAGCCUAGAAGCUCCUUUCUCCUACUCCUUCGCAUGGAUCGGACUCUGGGAUGACCCGAAUGCCUGGAAAUCUGCACUGGGCAACGGGACCAACUCCUGGAGAUGGUCUGCAACCGGAGAAACCAGUAAAACUGGUUACAAGUCAUGGAAUCCCACUAAUCCAGAUUACUACUUGGGAACAGAGACGUGUGUAAAUCUGUACUACGAUGGAACAUGGACAGAUGUAGAUUGUUCAUUUUUAUGCACAUUUAUUUGUUACAAUGUUACAGAUCAAAAUGUGAAGCAGUUUUUUUACAUCUCAACUAAGAAAAACUGGAGUUCUGCUCAAACGUACUGCAGGAAAAACUACGUUGACUUGGCAGUGAUCGAGAACCAGGAGGAAAACAACAAAGCUCAACGAAUGAUACCGAACUGGGACAUGAGUUGGAUCGGUCUGUACCGAGUGCCGUGGAUUUGGUCCGGCGGGAACCAAGGCUUGUUCCGGCGCUGGACCUCUUCCUCCCCAUCAAACACCGGCGGUACUCGGCACUGCGUCACUGAGAAUAAUUUACAUAAUUGGAAUGAUGAAAACUGCAAUACUCCUCAUGUUUUCAUCUGCUAUCAAGUGGUAAAGAAAGCCGCCCUGGUGAAGGUGACGACUGUGACCGACGCCGACCUGACCGAUCCAGACAUCAGCGCCCAGCUCCUCCAGCAGCUGGGCGCCGUACUGACAAGUCAGGGAUGGACUGAUUUCAAAGUACGAUGGAAGAAUAUAGCAAAGAAGAAGGACAAUAAUGAAAACAUAGGACAUUAGUAUAAUUAAUGUUCUCCGCAUAUUUACACUCUGUACAGAAUGUGAACCACUGUUGGUGAUAAUAAAUCUUCUAUAGAACCAAA